AUGAAAUUCUCCACUUCCUUCGCUGUUGCCUCCAUUGCUGUCGGUGCCUCUGCUGCCUUCAACGAAACCAACUACGUGAACAGCACUGCCACCACCGAGGUUGACAAAACCGCUGUGUUGACCAUCACCUCGUGCUCUCACGAUGCUUGUGCGACUGACACUAGCACUCUAGGUGGGGCCAGUUCCGCUGCUGCCGACGACGUCACCUACGUAGAUGUUACCACUACUCCGCAGAGCACAACUUCUAUGGUCAAGACAGUGAAGUCUACCUCAACUCCUUACACUUACACGACUUUGUCUACCCAAAACUCCACCGACUCUGGCUCUGGCUCUUCCACCGCUGAGCUGCCAGUGUACUCUGGUGCUGCUAACCCGAUUGCUGGUGCUGGUGUUGGUGCAUUGGCUGCCGGUGUUGCUUUUGCGCUUUUGUAA